GGAGGGAUCCUACUCUAAUCGACAGGUUCCAAGAUGGCGGCGUCCAUGGAGCUUAACUUGGAGUUAUUACCUUCGGAUCCGUUGCUGUUGAUUUUGUCUUUCCUUGAUUUCAGAGAUUUUGUCAGCUGCAGUUACGUGAGCCGUCGACUUCAUGAGCUGUGCAAUCACAACCCACUCUGGAAGGGACUCUGCCAAAAAUACUGGCUUUUAUCUGAGUCAGAUAAAUCCGAGAGGGGACAGACAUGGAAAGAUCUGUUUCUGGAAUAUUACGCCGACAUGGGCCGUUACAUCGAUCACUACAGUACACUGAAGAAGGCCUGGGAUGACCUGAAGAGAUACCUUGAUCAAAAAUGUCCCAGGAUGAUUGCCUCUUUGAAAGAAGGAGCAAAGGAGGAUGACCUGAAUGCCAUUGAAGCCCAGAUUGGCUGCAGGCUGCCCAAUGACUACCGCUGCUCUUUCCGGAUACACAACGGCCAGAAGCUGGUGGUGCCAGGGUUAAUGGGCAGCAUGGCCCUGUCCAAUCACUACCGCUCUGAAGACCUGCUGGACAUCGAGACAGCGGCAGGGGGCUUCCAGCACCGGAAGGGCAUGAAGCAGUGCCUGCCCCUCACCUUCUGCUUCCACACCGGCCUCAGCCAGUACAUGGCCCUGGAGAGCCUGGAGGGGCGGGCCUGCAGCGAGAUCUUCUACCACUGCCCCGAUCAGAUGGCACAAGACCCCUCCGCAAUUGACAUGUUCAUUACAGGCUCUAGCUUUACGGAGUGGUUUACCUCAUAUGUCUACAAUGUGGUGACGGGCGAGUAUCCCAUAAUCCGGGACCAGAUCUUCAGGUAUGUCCAUGACAAGGAAUGCGUAGCCACCACUGGGGACAUCAAAGUGUCUGUGUCUACCUCCUUCCUCCCUGAGCUGAGCUCUGUCCAUCCUCCGCAUUUCUUCUUUACAUAUCGGAUCAGGAUUGAGAUGUCAAAGGACGCUCUGCCAGAGAAUGCCUGCCAGCUGGACAGCAGAUACUGGAAGAUCACCAACGCCAACGGAAACGUGGAGGAAGUACGGGGCCCUGGCGUUGUAGGGGAGUUCCCGGUGAUGUCACCCGGGAAGGUGCAUGAGUACGCCAGCUGCACCACCUUCUCCACCACCUCUGAGCAGAUGGAGGGCCACUACUCCUUCCAUCGCCUGAAGAAGGAGGAGGUCUUCAACGUCUCCAUUCCCCGAUUCCAUAUGGUCUGCCCCCCCUUCCGCGUGUCGGCCGUGCGGGCUCAGGGCUCAGCGAAUGAUGUCACCGGCACACCGUUUAAUGAGAACUCUUCGGACACGGACGACUACGACGAGGGCGAGCACCACGGCCUGAACAUCCCCGCCCCAAGUGGCCGCUGUCCGCGCCACAUCUAACAGACUUUUCUAUCGCCGGGCUUCCCAGCUCAAUGGGACACGGGAGCGGGUGGGGUUUUAAAAUCUAGCAGCUUGGUUUGUUUGUUUUGUUUUUGUUUUUUCUUCUUCUAUGGUUUAUUUUCUCAACGGGUCUUUGCUUUCAGGUGAGAAGCCUACCCCUUGUGCAAACCACAGCAGAGUUGGUGUUGUACCUCAUUCUGUCCCAGUCGCAAUCUCUUUUUCUUUUAUUUUUUAGUUUUUGAGAAAGCCAUUGAGGGCCCCUAAUAUAAAUUUUAGGCGGAGCACUUUUUUUUGGAUAGCGGUGGCCCCCUCGGAUCAAUUUUGGACCGUGCCGGUUCCAGAUGUGGCUGGGAGUCCCACUACAAAAGGCAUUUCAUAACUGCCUAUAGUAUCGUCCAUGAGGAGAGCGAGGUAUUCCCCACCACAUGGUUUACUCGCACUCUGGUCCACCUCUGGUUUUGAUUGGAUGACCUGAGGUCCGCUUGCAUUGACUGUGUAUAUUCCAAAUUUUAAGUAGGAUUUAAAAAAUGAAAGGUUGCAAGGUUUAUUUGGAAUGAGAGUUUACCCUUGAGCACAAAGUCUUUUUCUAUUAUAACUGAUGAUCCAAAUCAGGGGUUUUCAAACCCACCCACUGUGUACGCUGGUUUUCUUCCUAGCUGCCAUUACAACCUCGGUGGGGCCAACUGAUGAAAGUGGCCACUAAAGCUAAACCAUUUUUUUGGGACAAAAAAUAAAGUUUAACAACAGAACAACAGGACACACCUGCAUUGUGUUAGUAGAAGCUUUACGUUAAAAAAUAAUUGUGUAUGAAUUCAAACGUGCGUUUUCAGCAAAUUUCAUUGAUCAAGAGACUGGCUGUAAUACAAACAAGCCUUAACGGUGGUCCCCAGGACCAAGUUUGAAAUCCCCUGAGAUGAGUGAUCAUGUCGUGAAUUACUGGCUGUGUUUAUUGGAGUCCACACAACAUGCUGGAAAGUUAAAUGGUGCUCUUUUGAAAUAUUUCUGAAUGCUGUUUUCUCAGAAUCUGAGCAUCGGGGAGCAAAAAAAGCUUUAGAAAAGAGUGUUUGGCACAGGACGUUGCCUUCUGUUUUAUGUCUGUCUCUUGUGGCAUUGCUGCAGACACGGACGGAAAUACUUUUUGCUCUACCAGGUUUUUGCCCCUUUUUUUUGUGUGAGCUGUGCGUGAUGGUGAUCUUUUGUGAGUGGGGUAAACUGGGAGUUAGUGUUUCAGAUGAAAGCAAGCAUAUACAAAACAUAUAAUAAAAUGUACAAAAGAUGUUAUAUCCUUGGUCUCUUCCCACCUGAACUCCCUCAAGCUGAUGUACAGAAUUAAUGAAAUAUUUAGGUUAGAUCAUAAAAAAAAUAGAGUAGCGUAAAAUUUAAUUUUGAGAAGCGGUGAGCAUCAAAUGUACGGGUUUUGUCGGCCAUGGCACUCGACCUUCACAUUGCAUGUUGCUGGACUUGUUUGUAGUGCACAGUAAGCUCAGAACCGUUUUACAGUUCUCCUGCAACUCUAGAAAAGUUUUUUUUUCUUUUUCCUCUUGCCAUGUUUUCACACUGAAUCAACCCUAUCGAUAUACACUCAGUGAGCACUUUAUUAGGUAUUUAUUAGACUUUUUGUAUUACACUUAUUAAGUCUUAUGCUGCUGUCGCCUAUCUACUUGGAGGUUUGACGCAUUGUGUGUUCCGAGAUGCUCUUCUGCAUACCACAGUGUAAUGUGUGGUUAUUUGUGUUACUGUCACCUUCGACCAGUCUGACUUUUCUCCUCUGACCUCUCUCAUUAACAAGGCAUAUUUGCCGGCAUACCUGCUGCUCACCGGAUGUUUUUGGUUUUUCACACCAUUCUCUGCAAACCCUAGAGACUGUGUGUGAAAAUCCCAGGAGAUUCUGAAAUACUCAAACCACCCUGUCUGGCACCAACAAUCAUUCCACGGUCAAAGUCACUUAGGACACAUUUCUUCCCCAUUCUGACAUUUGGUCUGAAAAACAGCUGAAUCUCUUGACCACGUCUGUAUGCUUUUAUGAAUUUAGUUGCUGCCACAUGAUUGACUGAUUUAAACAUUUGCAUUAACAAGCUGCUGUACAGGUUUAUUCAAUUCAAUUUAUUUUGUACAGUGCUUUUCACAGAAAACUGUCACAAAGACGCUUUACAGAGUGAAUAGAACAUAUCUGCCCUAAGCCCCCGAUAGCAUACCUAAUAAAGUGAUCACUGUGUGUAUUUUGACACCUCAAAACGUGUGUUGCUAUGAAUGCCUCGGGAAUACAGAACAAUGUUUUCUUGCGGUCUUUCAGUUGCAUCUUCUUGUUUUGGGGAAAUUCUAUUAGGUUCUGGUUGCCAGACCUCAGUAGAAUUAGAAUUGUUUGUCGCCAUUGUACUGUCUGAAAUGUGCCAAAACACUGCAGGCUCAGCUAGAACCGGCAACAAUCUGUUUUUUUUUUUUUUACUCAAGUAAAGCAAAAUGACUUGGGAGGACUGGUUACAUUUAAUUGCAUUGUGUUUUUACAACUGCUUUCAUUCAGCUGAUCAGGGCACUGUCCCAAGAAUGUGCUGAUACUGAUGGUGAGGUCUGUUGGUGAGUUAGCACGUUAGCAGCAAAGCUAACUAAACUUCUUCUAAGGAAGUUUAGACCUAUAUUCCCAAUUCCUUCUUCUCAGUCCUGCCGAAGGCGUCAGAAGAAGGAAUUGGGAAUAUGGGUCACUCAGAGUUUUAAAAGGCAGGCAUCAGCUUCCCUUGGAAAUUUCCCAUAGGCCUGUCUGGCAAGAAGAUAUUCACCUUUUUAUUUUGAUACAGAUGCCCAUUUGGAUUAAAUGAACACUUGAAAGUGUUGAAAGUAAAAGUGAGACUUUAUUUUUUAGCAAACCUGUGGAUGUCUCCCUUGCUGAUUUGUCAGGCAGAAAUACAGACUCCUCCCCUUUGUGAUUUAAUGAGCACUUCCAUUUAUGUGGCUUCUCUUUAAAAGUACAUUCGGCUAAUAGCAGAUUACACUGACUUUAAGAGGAACUUUAAAGUUCUUUUGAAUACUUUUUAAGAAAUGUUAUCUUUGUAAAAGCUGUGAAAUCAAUCUUUAGGUUAAUCUGGAUGAUUACUUUAAUGUCCCUCUGAUUUACAUUGGGGUAUUGUUCAUUAUCACCAUUUUUAUAAAUGUUUGUUUUUGUUUUUCUAUGUUUGAGGAAAGGGGGGGGGAAUAAACAAUAAAUGCUGUAUAUUUA